AUGUCUUCCGAAGCUGCUGUUUCUUACGCUGCCCUCAUCCUCGCUGAUGCCGGUAGCGAGAUCUCUGCCGACAACUUGCUUUCUCUUACCAAGGCUGCUGGUGUCAAGGUUGACAACAUCUGGGCUAAUGUCUACGCUAAGGCUCUUGAGGGCAAGGACCUUAAGGAGCUCCUUUUCGCCUUUGGCGCUGCCGGCCCUGCUGCCGCUGCUGCUCCUGCUGCCGCUGCCGGUUCCUCUGAGGCUGCUCCUGCUGAGGAGAAGGCUGAGUCUGAGGCUGAGGAGUCUGAUGACGAUAUGGGUUUCGGUCUUUUCGACUAA